GAAGAAGAGGGUCCUCUGGCAGUGCGUUUCCAACAUGGCGGUGAACCUCACAGACCUCUCCCUGCCUCAGCUGGAGGGACUGAAGAACCAGCUGGACCAGGAAGUUGAGUUCUUGACGUCUUCAAUAACUCAACUAAAAGUUGCCCAGACAAAGUUUGUUGAGGCAAAAGAUAGUUUAAAUGUGUUGAGCAAAAACAACAAAGGAAAAGAAUUGCUGGUGCCUCUCACCAGUUCUAUGUACGUCCCUGGAACAUUAAAUGAUGUGGAACAUGUCUUAGUGGAUGUGGGGACAGGAUAUUAUGUUGAAAAGAAUGUGGGAGACUCAAAGAAAUUCUUCAAGCGCAAAAUAGACUUCCUCACAAAGCAGAUAGAAAAGGUUCAGCCAGCUCUUCAGGAAAAACAUUCAAUGAAACAAGCUGUGAUCGAAGUCAUGAAUGUGAAGAUCCAGCAACUACAACAGAGCCAGCCGACGUCACAGGUGGUCACCAAGGCUUAACCCAAUGAAUCCACAAUAAAUAAUGAAUGAUAAAACAUCUUUUUGUAUCUGUCUGAAGUAAGUGCACAAACCUGGUCACCAGUAAGUAGGUUGUUGUCACUGGUAAAUUGGUCAUGUACUUGGUCAGUUUUACAUAAACAAUAAAAUUCAUGAGACCAUUAA